UUGAAGGGGGGGAGCUUCCUUGCCUCUGAACCCUUGUUUUGCCAAAGCCCUGAAAGUCAUUUCUGGUGAGGACCAUGUCCCCGUUGCCACCUUUCCUUCUCCUGUGUGUGGUUACAGCAUCUUAUGCAGAGACUGUAACCGAAGAUGCUCCCAGUACCUGCCCUGUGAUUGCCUGUAGUUCUCCGGGCCUGAAUGGUUUCCCAGGCAAAGAUGGACGUGACGGUGCCAAGGGAGAAAAGGGAGAGCCAGGUCAAGGGCUCAGAGGCUUGCAGGGUCCUCCUGGAAAGGUAGGACCUGCAGGGCUCCCGGGGCUUCCUGGGCCAAAAGGAGCUGUGGGGCCAAAAGGAGACCGUGGAGAGAGAGUAGAAUAUGAUACUAGCAAAAUUGAUUCAGAAAUCGCAGCCCUGAAAUCGGAGCUGAGAAACAUAAGGAAGUGGGUGCUCUUCUCCCUGAGUGAAAAAGUUGGCAAGAAGUACUUUGUGAGCAGCGGGAAAAAGAGGAACUUUGAAGAAGCGAAGGCUCUGUGUUCCCAGUUUGGGGCCUCUAUGGCCACUCCCAGGAAUGCUGAGGAGAACCGAGCCAUCCAGAGUGUGGCCAAAGAUAUAGCCUACUUGGGCAUAACGGAUCGGGAGGUCGAAGACCAGUUUGUGGAUCUGGCAGGGAACAGAGUGCGCUACACUAACUGGAAUAGGGGUGAACCCAACGACACAGGGUCUGCGGAAGACUGUGUGGUGGUCCUGCUAAGCGGCUCGUGGAACGACGUCUCCUGUGCCGACACUUUUUUGGCAGUCUGUGAAUUCUCUGACUGAGGCUGUUUGUUUGUCAGGCCUCCUUAGACUCCAUAAGUUCACAAUUUGUUCUCAAAUAUAAAAUAUGUAGAAAUACAAACAAUUACACGUUACUUGCGUAAUUAUACUGUAACACUUUUUUGGGGGCGGGGGAUAGUAAUUUCUUGUGAAGAGGUAGAAAUAAAAUGACUUUAUUUUUCAUGUAUGACAAACACUUGUGCUCGGCUGAGUUCUCUUUUGGGUAAUGAUGUCACCCUAGCUAACUCUACAGUGUCUCAGCCUAGUCUCAGGUAUUUAAUAGAACAUUAAAUGAUGUGUAGAAUGUAAGUCUCAAGU